AUGGGCAUUCCCGCUGCCUUUCGGUGGCUCUCCAACAAAUACCCCAAAAUCAUCUCGCCCGUCGUCGAGGAGCGACCCAUUGUCAUGCCCGAUGGCACCGAGAUUCCCGUCGACGCGACUCGUCCGAAUCCCAAUGGCGAGGAGUUCGACAACCUAUACUUGGACAUGAAUGGUAUCGUCCAUCCCUGCUCUCAUCCCGAGGACAAGCCUGCCCCCAAGGAUGAGGAGGAGAUGAUGAUCGAGAUCUUCAAGUAUACCGACCGCAUCGUCAAGAUGGUGCGUCCACGCAAGAUCCUCAUGAUCGCCGUCGACGGUGUUGCUCCCCGUGCCAAGAUGAACCAACAGCGUUCGCGCCGUUUCCGUGCUGCUCAAGAGGCUAAAGAGAAGGAGGAGGAGAAGAAGCAGCUGCUCAAGAUGCUCAGGAAGGAGAAGGGCAGUAACAUGCAGGAGGAACCGCUCGAGACUGUCGUCAAGAAGGCCUUUGACUCCAACUCCAUCACUCCUGGUACUCCCUUCAUGGAUAUUCUGGCCGCAAGUUUGCGCUAUUGGUGUGCCUACAAGCUCAACACUGAUCCUGCCUGGGCAAAGCUGAAGGUCAUCAUCUCCGAUGCCACUGUGCCUGGCGAGGGUGAGCACAAGAUCAUGGAGUUCAUCCGCUCCCAGCGCAGCUCUCCUGAGCACAACCCCAAUACCCGCCACGUCAUCUACGGCUUGGACGCCGACUUGAUCAUGCUCGGCCUGGCUACCCACGAGCCUCACUUUCGUGUCCUUCGUGAGGAUGUGUUCUUCCAGGAAGCCAAGGCCCGCUUGUGCAAGCUCUGUGGCCAGAAGGGCCACGACGAGCGCAGCUGCAAAGGUGAGGCAAAGCAGAAACAGGGCGAGUUCGACGAAAAAGACCACGCCCAACCUCUAAAGCCCUUCAUUUGGCUGCAUGUGUCCAUCCUGCGCGAGUACCUUGCUGCCGAACUGGAGGUUCCCAACCUCCCCUUCCGCUGGGACCUGGAGCGUGCCAUCGAUGACUGGGUUUUCCUGUGCUUCUUCGUCGGCAAUGAUUUCCUGCCUCACCUGCCUGCCCUUGAGAUUCGAGAGAAUGGCAUUGACACCUUGACCGCAAUCUGGAAAGACAACCUGCCCAUCAUGGGAGGUUAUCUCACAAAGGACGGCCAUGUUGACCUUGAGCGCGCUCAGUACAUACUCAACGGCCUGGCCAAGCAAGAGGAUGCUAUCUUCCGCCGCCGAAGAGAGGUAGAAGAGCGUCGCGAGGCCAACGCCAAGCGGCGCAAGCUGAACCAACAAGGUGCUCAUGCCAAAGGCGCCGCAGACUCUCACGCCGGCAAGUCGGGGAGAAAACACGUCCCCGAGGCCGCCGGUCCGCUUCCCGGAAUGGCCCUGUUCCCCAUCACGAAUCCUCCUCCGCCAGCCAUAACUCAUGACAUGGUUAUGAAGGGUCGUUCUGUCGACCAGGCUAACCUAGCCAACAAGAGUGCUGCUAGCGUGCUUAAGAGCCAAAUUCAGAGCAUGAUGGCACAGAAGGCCGCGACGAACGCGAACGGAGCCGAGAAAGAUGUUUCGGCCGAUGGCACAACCACCGCUCCCGCGUCGGCUCUCGGGAAGCGCAAGGCCGAGCUUAUCGAAGAAGACGCCGCCACGAACACCGACACCGACUCCGUUACUGACGGCACCGGCUCGGACAACGAGGGCCCCGUCGAUACCGUACGACUCUGGGAAGAGGGGUAUGCUGACCGCUAUUACGAACAAAAGUUCAAGGUGGAUCCCAAGGACAUCGAGUUCCGGCACAAGGUUGGGCGUGCCUAUGCCGAAGGCUUGGCCUGGGUGCUUCAGUACUACUAUCAGGGCUGUCCCUCUUGGGAGUGGUUCUACCCUUACCACUACGCCCCGUUUGCCGCGGAUUUUGUCGACCUUGCCAAGAUGGAAAUCAAGUUCGAGAAAGGCCGCAUCUCUCGCCCCUUCGAGCAGCUCAUGAGCGUCUUGCCUGCCGCCUCACGCCAUGCCAUCCCCGAGGUCUACCAUGACUUGAUGACUGACCCGAACAGUCCUAUCAUCGACUUCUAUCCGGAAGAAUUCGAAAUUGAUCUGAAUGGCAAGAAGAUGGCUUGGCAAGGUGUCGCUUUGCUGCCUUUCAUCGAGAUGCCGCGUCUCUUGGCAGCGAUGAAAGAGAGGGAACAUCUGCUUAGCGAGGAAGAUAGGGCUCGCAACGAACCGGGCUUUGAUGUUCUGCUGAUUUCGGACGCCCAUCCUGGUCUGUACGAGGAUAUUACGAGCCACUUCUACUCCAAAAAGCAGGGUGCUCCAAAGUUUAAGCUCAACCCAAGACGUAGUGAUGGCCUGGCUGGCAAGGUUGAGAAAAUUGAGGGUUACGUCCCUCACGGCUCUCUGGUUUACCCCUUGGCAAGGAAUUCCAUGCCGGAUGUUGACUACGACCGGUCUAUCACUGUUCGUUACAUCAUGCCUAGCAGCGCUCACCAGCACAAGUCAAUGCUUCUCCGUGGGGUUAAGCUCCCCCCGCCUGCUCUCAGCAGAAGCGACAUCGAGAUCAUCCGAAGCAAAGCCAAGAAUGCUGGUAGAAGCUAUGGUGGUGCGCCUUUACGGAACAAUUACAACAGCAAUGGCAGUCGUCGUGAACAGCCGAUCAAUUACGCAGCCAACGCUCCUUCGGCCCUGCCCUCUCGCAAUUAUGGCAGCUACCCAGGCAAUUACGGUGGUGCUAACAACUACGGCAAUGGUUACGGCAGCGGCUACUAUCCUCCUCCUGGAUGGCAGCCCCCUCCUCCCGGAUAUCCCGGGUUCGGCGUUGGCGUGCCGCCACCGCCACCUCCUGCUCGCCUAGCCGGUACCCCCGGUGGCUAUGGUCAAGGCUACGGUCAAGGCUACGGUCAAGGCUACAAUCAAAGCUACGGCACGGGCUACGGGUCGGGCUAUAGUUCGAGCUACCAACAGAGUGCUCCGGACCGCUACCGUCCGGCGCCUGCGCCUCCGCCCCCCUCGACACACGGUUAUCAUAGUGGCUAUCAGAGCCAGCAGAGCUAUCAGGGCCAGCACCACCGCGCUGGUCCUCCGCUUCCUCCAUCCUCGAACAACACGAGACGAGAUGGCAGGUACGAUGACAGAAGGGGUUACGAUGAUCGGAGGGAUGCUAGGAGAGAUAAUAAUCCCUACAGGGAUGAGAGGCGCUAUCGUUAG